CCUCCACAACACCUACAGAUGCAUUUACCAGGAAUAACAGUCUUCAUGCAAGCCCUGCUCCUCCCGGGGACACACCAGCCAGGCGACCCCCAGGAAACGCGAAAACCACCGUACUGGCCGUCCACCUUCUCUGUCCAGUUUGCAGAACUCCAAGCAGUCAAUGACACAGUUUCCUCCCAGAACACAGGGGCGUGGUACUACGACUAUAUCCGCAAACAAGCAAGAUUUGACCAUCUUCAAGGCCAGAAGAACAAUUUCUGUGAUGGCCAGGGACUGAGCGAUGACAACCCACAGGGCACUUGUCAUCUCAUCUUCUCUAGGGACCUGUCUCUGUAUGUUCACUACCCAGAGGCAGGCACCUGCUGCCGGCUGUGUGGGGUGGAAGAGGGCUGUACUGUUCUCAGACCUGAUUGGCUGAAGGGUUCUACCCCCAUCGGUACCGAGGUGAUAUCUGGCUCUGUGUGCUACGGCUGGACCACUCCCGGGGCUGUUGCCAAUGACACGUGGUUCGCUACUGAAGACAAUGUGCCAUGUCUGUAUCAUGAAGUUGUUGGCCGUUUGGAUCAUAAUCUAACGUUUGACAUGGAUACUUACACAAAGGCUGAACCCGAAGAUGCUAUUUUCAAAGUCCCCGAUCAUUGCUACAAAGACUGUCCCAAUCCUUACACACCCCCAUUCUAAACUGUUGCAGGUCUUCAUCCGCGCUCGCUAUAGGGGGAAUCCGGACCGGAAGAGGUCUUGUAUUCUUGUGUUGUUAACUUCUGACUUGGCUUAGCUUAGAGCCGUGAAGCUCCGGGGUAGAAUAGGUCUUCAGCAACCCAUGCC